GGGCAGACAAACUGUACGUCCGUUUGUCCGGAGCGGAGGGGAGAGUGGGCGCCAUCUUCUUCUAGGCUCACUGAGGGCUCCACCUGGGCAGGCUGCUGCGACGAAGAGUGUCCCCCGACUCCGGCCUUGUGUGUCCGACUCGGCAGCAGUGAUGUCUACUUGGAAUUUGUACUUCGUUUUUGCUGAGAUGAUUAAUUUCCUCUGGAACAAAGAAGACCAUUUUGUAAUGCCCAUAGUUGUGGUUCCUAUUAUUGCUUCACUUUUAAUAGUUAAGUUGCUUUUACAGAAUUAACAGGUCUCCAAGAAAUUUUAAAAAGGUCAUUAUUGCUGUGGUUUGAGCUCAGCAUGGCUGUAGUCAUCCGUUUACUGGGGCUUCCUUUUAUUGCGGGGCCUGUGGAUAUUCGUCACUUCUUCACGGGAUUGACUAUUCCUGAUGGAGGAGUGCAUAUAAUUGGAGGGGAAAUUGGGGAGGCUUUUAUUAUUUUUGCAACAGAUGAAGAUGCAAGACGUGCCAUAAGUCGUUCAGGAGGGUUUAUCAAGGAUUCAUCUGUAGAGCUCUUUCUUAGUAGUAAGGCAGAAAUGCAGAAGACUAUAGAAAUGAAAAGGACUGAUCGCAUAGGAAGAGAGCGACCAGGAUCUGGGGCGUCGGGGGCUGGCAGCUUGUCUAACUUUGUUGAGGCUAUUAAAGAAGAAGCAAGUAAUUCUGGAUAUGGCUCUCCAAUUAAUCAAGAUGCUGGGUUUCAUACUAAUGGUACAGGACAUGGUGAUUUAAGGCCAAGAAAGACACGGCCAUUGAAGGCAGAGAAUCCUUACUUGUUUCUGCGAGGUUUGCCUUACUUAGUAAAUGAAGAUGAUGUACGUGUCUUUUUCUCUGGUUUGUGUGUGGAUGGCGUGAUUUUCUUGAAACAUCAUGAUGGCCGAAAUAAUGGUGAUGCCAUAGUAAAAUUUGCUUCAUGUAUUGAUGCUUCAGGCGGUCUUAAAUGUCAUAGAAGUUUUAUGGGUUCAAGAUUCAUAGAAGUAAUGCAAGGCUCAGAACAACAGUGGAUUGAGUUUGGUGGUAAUGUAAUUAAGGAGGUUGACAUUCCUGUGAGAACUGAAGAACGUUCUCCACCAAGAGGAAUUAAUGAUCGACAUUUUCGAAAACGAUCUCAUUCAAAAUCUCCCAGAAGAACACGUUCUCGUUCUCCUCUUGGAUUUUAUGUUCACUUAAAAAACCUGUCCCUAAGUAUUAACAAGAGAGAUUUAAGAAAUUUCUUUAGAGAUACUGAUCUGACUAAUGAACAGAUUAGGUUUUUAUAUAAAGAUGAAAGAAGAACAAGAUACGCUUUUGUGAUGUUCAAAACUCUGAAAGACUAUAACACUGCUCUGGGUUUACAUAAGACUGUCUUACAGUAUCGUCCUGUUCAUAUUGAUCCUGUUUCUAGAAAACAAAUGCUGAAAUUCAUCGAAUGUUAUGAAAAGAAAAGACCAGUGUCAAUAGAAAAAGAAAGGCUUGGACAUAUUUCACAAAAAUACCCUCAAGAAGGCUACCCUGGCCAGAAACUGUGUAUAUAUAUAAGAAAUUUUCCUUUUGAUGUUACAAAAGUGGAAGUGCAAAAGUUCUUUGCAGACUUUUCUCUUGGAGAAGAGGACAUUUACUUACUUUAUGACGACAAAGGAGUUGGUCUGGGAGAAGCACUGGUGAAAUUCAAAACAGAAGAACAGGCCAUGAAAGCUGAACGUUUAAACCGGCGGAGAUUCUUGGGGACAGAGGUAUUGUUAAGACUUAUAUCUGAGGCACAAAUGCAGGAGUUUGGUGUAAAUUUUUCCUUGAUGCCCACUGAGAGAAUGCAAGACCAUUCACAGUCAUGUGAUAGAGAUGACCAUUCCCAUUCAUUUGACUCAAGUGAUCUACCAAUAUACUCAGUUGGCCCAUCUGAAAACUUUAGGCAUCAGCAAGAGGACUUCAGGCAACUGGACAAUUUCAGGCAAACCCAGGCGGAUUUCCGACAGCUUGAUAGGAGCGUUCCAGAAGACUUUAGGCAUUCCCCAGAGGACUUCAGGCACUCCCCAGAAGACUUUAGGCGCCCUCGGGAGGAACACUUCAGGCGGCCUCUUGAGGAUUUCAGGCACCCUUGGGAGGAGGAUUUUAGGUACCCUCGGGAGGAGGACUUCAGGUACCCUAGAGAGGAGGACUGGAGGCGGCCACCUGAGGAGGAUUUCAGACGGCCUCCCAAGGAGGACUUCAGGCGACCCCCUGAGGAGGACUGGAGACGGCCCCCGGAGGAGGACUGGAGGAGGCCCCCGGAUGGAGACUUCAGGCGGCCACCUGAAGAGGAUUGGAGGCGGCCUCCUGAGGAGGACUUCAGGCGGCUUCCUCAAGGGGAAUGGAGACGACCACCUGAGGAGGACUUCAGACGACCACCUGAAGAGGACUUCAGACGACCUCUUGAGGAGGACUUCAGGCAGCCCCCUGAGGAGGAUUUCAGGCGACUUCCAGGGGAAGACUUCAGGCGACCUCCCGAGGAGGAUUUCAGGCGUUCUCCGGAGGAGGAUUUCAGGCGUUCUCCCGAGGAGGAUUUCAGGCGACCACCCCCCGAACACUUCAGACGGCCGCCCCCGGAGCACCUAAGGCGGCCGCCCCCGGAGCAUUUCAGGCGGCCGCCGCCGGAGCACUUCCGCCGGCCACCCCAGGAGCAUUUCCGCCGGCCGCCCCAGGAGCACUUCCGCCGGCCGCCCCAGGAGCAUUUCCGCAGGCCACCCCAGGAACAUUUCAGGCGCCCCCGAGAGGAAGAUUUCAGGCACCCACCGGAUGAAGAUUUUGGAGGCCCUCCCGAUGAAGACUUUAGGCAUCCUCCUGAGGAGGACUUCAGGAGCCCCCAGGAGGAAGAUUUUAGAUGCCCUUCUGAUGAGGACUUCAGGCGGCUCCCGGAGGAAGACCUCAGGGAACCUCCAGAGGAGGACCCUAGACUUCCUGACAGUUUUAGACCUCCUGGUGAGGAGUUUAGGAACCCACCUGAUGACUUUAGAAGUCAUCGCCCGUUAGUGAAUUUUGGUCGCCCAGAAGGUGGCAAGUUUGAUUUUGGAAAGCGCAGUAUGGGAAGUUUUCCUGAGGGGAGAUUUAUGCCUGAUCCAAAAUUAAAUUGUAGUUCAGGUAGAGUAACACCUAUCAAGAUAAUGAAUCUUCCAUUUAAAGCUAAUGUUAAUGAAAUUCUAGACUUUUUCCAUGGUUAUAGAAUCAUACCUGAUUCAGUUUCGAUACAGUAUAAUGAGCAAGGAUUACCUACAGGGGAAGCCAUUGUUGCUAUGAUAAACUAUAAUGAAGCUAUGGCUGCUAUUAAAGAUCUAAAUGAUAGGCCAGUUGGCCCUCGCAAAGUUAAGUUAAUUUUGCUCUAGAGAGCAUUUCUAAAUUCAGAGUUACUUCCCCACAGUAUUGAUGCAGUAAAAUGCAUUUGUUUUUUUUUUAAGUGUUUGUUUUUAAUGAUCUAAUGAAAAGGAACAUUUUAGUUUGACUUGUGAGUAGAACAAAUGUAAAUAUUAGAAUGUGAAUCUGGUUUUCUUUUGCUUGCAAACUGCCACUCUUUCUCAUUUACAAUUAUAUAUGGCUUUUUUUUUUUUUUUUUUGGACAGUGGGGGAGAAAAUUACAAGUGCAUUAAUUUUUGUUGAUGUCUUGGGUAAACCUCAAAACUUGUAUAGUAGAGCUGUAUUUGGGGAAGAUACAUUUUAUAUUCACUUUUCGUUUCCCGUCUGUAGUCUACAUCUUAUACUGUAUAAGGAAAUGGUCAGUGACUGAUUGUUCAGGUUUAGCAUUUUUAUUGCUAAUUUGCCUGCAGAAUUAAUGCCCUCUUCUUUGUCCAAGAUAUUACUGUGUUAGCUUCCCGUUAAUUAUAAAUAGUUGAAAAUAGACAGACUGUGAAUUUGAAGUUUACUUAUGUAAAAAGUUUAGAAGAUUCUUGAAGUUUUCAUGUUCAUAACUUUGCAAAGUUUUAUAAAAAUAAAAAAUUGCAAAUGUAUAGACCACUAAUUAACUUUACUUGUAUUCAUAUAAAAAAAAUUACAGCUUCUUCUGUGAAGUUCUCAACAGCUACCUUAGUAUUUAUGAUAGAACGGACCAAACAUCCUGUAAUAAUAGCGUAGAGAGCUAUCUGUAGAUCUGUGGUUUCCUCUACAUUUCAUCAACCAAACUGCUAAGUUUUACUCAAAAUACUUAGAAGACAAAAAGUAACUGUAGCUAUAAAGGACAUUCAGGCUUCUGCUGGGAAGAAUCUUGAUAAAUGGAUAUAGUUUGUUUUUAGGAAGAAUUUAGAAUUUAGUCCUUUAGUAGGUUUUUUUUUUUUGGUAGUUUUUAUUAGGUUCUCAUUUUUAAAUUUCAAGACUUUGAAUCCAAAGACUCAAUAACUAAAUAUAAUCAGACUUUUAUGAGACUGAAUUUUGACUUCUUCGAUAUUUAGUGUGGGCGUUUAUAUUAUAAACAUUGGAUUUGGCUUUUUUUAAUAGCCCAUAAUAAUAUUAAUGGCUAACAUUUAUUAGGUACUUACUGUAUGCUAGGCAGUGAAAGUGCUUUACAUGCAUAAUCUCAGUUUAAAUAUUCCCUAGGAAGUAUGGACUAUUAUAUCUAUUUCAACAAGUGAGAUAAUGAAGUUUAGAGGUUAAGUAACUUGCCUAAAGUCAUAGCUAGUAAAUCAUGGAGCUAAUUUCAACCCAGACCACUGACUCCAGUUCAUGCUCUUAACACUUUUGCCUAUUAACUUUAAGUGGUACUUCUAAUUUUAGUAAGAUCAUGCUGAAGAUAUUUUGAAGAGUAAACCAGUAUGUUCUUUACACAUUGCUGCUUUAAAAAUAGCAUUAAAAGCAAAAUUAAUAUGCUCAUUGUUCAUAAAAGACAAACUAACUUUAAAAGUUUUUAUGUAUCCAGGGCUUCUCUUGGAUAGUAACAUUAGAUAUUGACUUCUAAUUAAAAAUUGUUUAUCAAAUAUGAUUUGGCUUUGGCCUUUUAGUUUACAUAAAACCAGGUUAAUUUUUCUCAGUUCUGUGAUCCAGAGGUUUCCUACUUAUUCUUAUUUCCUGAGCAAAUAAGAAUAAAAUUUGAAUUUACAUAUGGUAGUUUAGUCACUUAAUAAUAGGAUAUAGCAGAAGUAGAAUACUUUGUCAGCACUUAGCUAUUUACCACCAUUUUGGAUGAAUCUUCAGUGAUUUAAGAAGUCUAAGAGAAACCAACUCAAGUUUCUGUGUGUUUAGUUCUAGUGAAUGUAACUUCUAGUAGAAUGAAUAAACUGGUAAAAUUACA